AGGGCUCUGAACCCCUCUGGGAGAGGGACCCAGCCCUUGUCCCCAUGUCCUUGCCACCUGGUUAUCCUGCAGAGUCUGGGCCCAGAGGGUUCUCAAGUUGACCUCCCUCCCGUGAUCUUCAGGAGCCCCCUGGUUGAUAAAAUAAGGGUGGGACAUUUAGCAAAACAGACCAUGAUUGCGAAGUUACGUCAAGAGAGAAAGAACUAAUGUGAAAAGGACGUGCUGGAAAACGUUAAGGCCCCAAAGGGCUCUCAGGGGAGCGGUCUCUCUUAUUCCUAUGUUAACGACCAAGGUGUUCAUUGCCGUUCUUUUUUGCAAGGCAGACCCCUUUUUGAUUCGUGUCCUCUCUUUUGAGAAGUGAGCUUGAAUCUUAUCCAUCAUGGUGGCCACAGAAUUCACGACCUUCUUCUCUAACAUAUCUGACGACUACAACUACCACUCCACGUCUACCACGGAUGAUGACCUUGAGAACCUUUUCUGUGAGAAAAGCCACGUCAGGCGGUUUGCGAGCUACUUCCUCCCCCCCUUGUACUGGCUUGUGUUCAUCGUGGGCGCUGUGGGCAACAGUCUGGUCAUCCUCGUCUACUGGUACUGCACACGGGUCAAGACCAUGACCGACAUGUUCCUCUUGAAUCUGGCAAUCGCUGACCUUCUCUUUCUCAUCACCCUUCCCUUCUGGGCCAUCGCCGCCGCCGACCAGUGGCGGUUCCAGCCCUUCCUGUGCAAUGUGGUCAACAGUUUGUACAAGAUGAACUUCUACAGCUGUGUGCUGUUGAUCAUGUGCAUCAGCGUGGACCGGUACAUCGCCAUCGCUCAGGCCAUGAGAGCCCAGACCUGGAGGCAGAAAAGGCUCCUGUACAGCAAAAUGAUCUGCCUCACCGUCUGGAUAGUGGCGGCCACGCUCUGCAUCCCAGAAAUCCUGUACAGUCGACUCAAGAGGCAAUCGGACAUUACCAUCUGCACCAUGGUUUACCCCAGUGACCAGAGCACCAGAGUGAAGUCCACGGUCUUGACCCUGAAGGUCCUCCUGGGCUUCUUCCUCCCUUUCGUGGUCAUGGUGUGCUGUUACACCAUCAUCAUUCACACUCUGUUACAAGCCAGGAAGUCCUCCAAGCACAAGGCCCUGAAGGUGACCAUCACGGUCCUUACAGUCUUUGUCCUGUCUCAGUUCCCCUACAACUGCAUUCUGUUGGUGCGGACCAUCGAUGCCUACACCAUGUUCAUUUCCGACUGUGCCAUUUCCAUCAACAUUGACAUCUGCUUCCAGGUCACUCAAACCAUCGCCUUCUUCCACAGUUGCCUGAACCCCGUCCUCUACGUCUUUGUGGGUGAGAGAUUCCGCAGGGAUCUCAUAAAGACCCUGAAGAACUUGGGUUGUAUCAGCCAGGCACAGUGGGUCUCGUUCACAAGGAGAGAGGGAAGCGUGAAGCUGUCAUCCAUGCUGCUGGAGACGACCUCCGGCGCUCUCUCCUACUGAGGGGUCUCCGCUCCGACAUGGAAGGCCCUUUUUGGAAAUUACAAGAAAUACGGGUACACCUGUGCCAGAUGCAACUGGAGGGAAACCAAUGAAGAAGAAGAAAAAGGAAGUGGGGAUAAAGAAAAACCCGGAAAGGGAUGAAUUUGGACGAUUGCUUUAGUUAGAAUUUCCAAGCCAGAGUUUUCCAAACUGACUGGCUGUCCCCUGAGACUGUUGCUUGGCUCUUGGCUACAAUGGCUGCAAUUUUCAAAGGAGGACUAACACACGGUCCCACGGAACCCCCUGGCUUUUUGUCACCUGACUGAGCAUUAAUGCAGCUGACCUCGGAGGGGGGGUUUCUGUAACUCCACACCUGCCUGCCGGGUUGACCUGCCCAAGGACUCUGCUUGUCCACUCGUGUCACAGGGGUGGGUCAGCCUGCGGAGAGACCCCGAGAGCCCAAGUUGGCAGAACUGGCUCUGGCUCUGUCUUGGGCUCCCUCUGCCCAGUGGCUUUUGGAAUGGUCUGCUUUGUCUCCUCCCUAUAAAAUGGGUUGGUUUUAUUGAGCCUCUUUUUUCUGAGCUUGCUGGAAGGAUAUCUGCCUCCCUGCUGCUUCUCUUUUUCUUAUUGUACAGUGCUGACCUGUCUAAAGGCUUCCAAUUCUGAGACGAGGCUG